AUGUCUUCCCCUACGGUGUACCUGCGCGACAUAGAGUCUAGACCACGCUUUAUGACUACUUGGGAGAGGUAUAAACACAGAGAGGCCCAUUGGCUCGCAGAAUCGGUGGGAGAGAUGCUCGGUGUCUUCUUCUACGUGUACGCUGGUGUCGGCGCUACAGCUUCCUUCGUGGUCGGGACGCUCACUGGUCAAACUGGACUUGGUUGUACGUACAAAUUCAAAUUUGAGCAUGUCAAGGCACCCCCUGGCGAUUUGGUGCUCACCUUCGAUCCUUUAGCUUUGCACACGGUCGGAUUCGCAUAUUCCAUCGGUAUCGUCCUUGCAGUGACGAUCUGCGGGGCGACAUCCGGCGGCCAUUUCAACCCAGCUGUGACUCUCGCAUUUGCCAUUUUCAAAGGUUUCCCUUUGCGGAAAACGUGGAGGUACAUCAUUGCUCAGAUUCUUGGAGCAUACAUCGCAUGCCUCGUGAUAUACGUCCAAUGGAAGGACUUGCUUGACGUGGCAGAGGAAGUUUUGUCAGCAAAGGGGCUGUACGAUACUGUUAUGUUCUCACCUAAUGGUCCCGCCGGAGUCUUUGCACUUUAUGUUUCUCCUACGACUAAUCUUCACCGAGUACUGCUCAAUGAAUUUGUUACCGAUUUCGCUAUCGGUCUCGUUAUAUGGGGAUGCCUCGACCCCACAAACCACCUCGCACCUCCCGCCUUCGCUCCAUGGAUCAUAGGGUUUACUUACGGUAUCGCCGUCUGGGGUUACUCGCCAACCUCUCUUGCUGCCAACUCGUGCCGUGAUAUCGGUGCUCGUCUCAUGGCGAUGACCAUCUGGGGGACACGAGCCACUGGAGGUCGUUAUGCUGCUAUCACCGCUCUUACCAAUAUCCCUGCGACGAUACUUGCUGCUCUGGUGUACGAGACAUUCUUGGGCUCUUCCUCUCGAACGUUGACGCCUGUGCAUAUACAGUAUCUCAGCGCACAUAAAAAAUAUGUCGACGAUAAUGACCUUGCACCUCCAGGCUAUUUAGGUGGUCUUCAACCUGGCAACUUCUCAUCCUCGCAAUAUGAUAUGGACGAACAUCUUGAGAAAGAUGCCACGCAGGUGCUUGAAGUCACAGGCACCCGUGUUUGA